AUGGAGGCCAAGCUGAUGAAGAUCUUUGCUAUGCUGAUGCUCUUCUCCCUCUGCAACAGAGGCAACGCGGAGUGCUCCCUAUCGGACCUCCACGUGACCCAGACCGCCACGGGGAAGAACGCCGGAGGGAACCCGGAGUACGCAGUGGAGGUGGAGAACAAGUGCAUCUGCACACAGACGGACGUCAAGCUGCUUGCCCCCGGGUUCAAAUCCUCCGAGCCCGUGGACCCCCCGGUCUUCCGGCCGGACGCCGAUGGCAAGCUCGGCACCCUCAACAACGGCUCCCCGGUGUACUACGGAUACAAGAUCACGUUCAACUACGCGUCGGCCACCAAGUUCAGCCUCAGGCCCUUCUCCUCCAGCAUCGCAUGCUCGUGA